UCCUCUGUUUCUCCUCUCAAAAUGAAAAGCUUUGACGCGGUGCAUAAUCCCUCUGCGGUGGAAUCCGCUGACGCCAACGUCGACGAUGAUGGUCGGGAGAAGAGAACGGGGACGUUGAUGACGGCGAGUGCGCACAUAAUCACGGCGGUGAUAGGUUCCGGAGUGUUGUCGUUGGCCUGGGCUAUAGCACAGCUUGGUUGGGUGGCAGGAACACUGAUUCUUGUAACUUUUGCCAUCGUCAAUUACUACACAUCCACUAUGCUCGCCGACUGUUAUAGAUCGGACGCAGGAGCUCGCAACUAUACGUACAUGGACGUCGUCCGAUCUUACCUUGGUGGUAGGAAAGUGCAGUUAUGUGGACUGGCACAAUACGGGUGUCUCGUAGGGGUCACUAUUGGUUACACCAUCACUGCCUCUAUAAGUUUAGUAGCGAUUUGGAAAGCAACUUGUUUUCAUAAAAAAGGACAUGGUGCGAAAUGUUCCAUCCCAAAUUAUCCAUUCAUGGCGGCCUUCGGGGUCGUGGAGAUUUUUCUUAGUCAGCUUCCUAAUUUUCACAAGCUCUCUUUUCUCUCCAUUAUCGCCGCCGUUAUGUCAUUCUCUUAUGCGUCUAUCGGAAUUGGUUUAGCCAUUGCCGUUGUGGCAAGUGGAAAGGUUGGUAAGACGGGUGUGACGGGCACGGUGGUUGGAGUGGACGUGACCGCAUCUGACAAAAUAUGGAAGGCGUUUCAAGCAACUGGAGACAUUGCAUUUUCAUACUCUUUUUCCACUAUUCUCGUUGAGAUUCAGGAUACAUUGAGAUCAAGCCCACCAGAAAACAAAGUCAUGAAAAAAGCAACACUCGCCGGAGUCUCAACUACAACUGUUUUCUACAUCUUAUGUGGCUGCAUGGGAUAUGCUGCAUUUGGAAACCGAGCCCCCGGAGACUUCCUUACUGACUUUGGUUUUUAUGAACCUUACUGGCUCAUCAACUUUGCCAAUGCUUGCAUCGUCCUCCACCUAAUCGCAGCCUAUCAGGUGUUUGCACAACCAAUUUUCCAACUUGUUGAGAACAAAUGCAACAAAGCAUGGCCAGAAAACAAUUUCAUCAACAAAGAACAUUCGAUAAACAUACCAUUCCUCGGAAAAUGGCGCAUCAACUUCUUCAGACUGGUGUGGAGGACAGCAUAUGUGAUUUUGACAACAUUUGUUGCAGUGAUAUUCCCCUUCUUCAACUCGAUCUUGGGCCUUAUCGGAGCAACAGCGUUCUGGCCGCUAACAGUUUACUUCCCAGUGGAGAUGCACAUCUCGCAGAGAAAGGUUAAGAAGUUUUCUAUGAAAUGGAAUGCGUUGAAACUCCUUGUAUUGGUUUGUUUGAUUGUUUCGCUCCUAGCUGCAAUAGGAUCCAUCGUCGGCUUGAUAAAUAGUGUCAAGGCAUACAAGCCUUUCCAUAGUUAAGAUUAGUUACUUGUAUCCUAAGCUAUCUGAAUUUUGUGGGAACUAUUUCUUUCAAGAAAAAUAGUUUGUAGUGUUGGUGCAUGUCUGUCUUUCUUAAAGAGUUAACGGCGUUGGCCCAAACGCUCGCUUGUC